CAGACAGCUUCCUUUCUCUUUCUCUUGGGUAAGUUAAGUUACAAAUAUUGUUGUAUUUUAUUGAACAUCUUAGCUGGGACACUUGCUUCUUUCCUGCAAUUACGUUUUGCAUAUUUGAUUAUACACCUGAUAAUGAUCUGAAAAAUCUUCAGAAACCUUCUUGUUCUUGCAUGUUCGUGCUUCACUACAGUCAAAAACACUGCAGUUACCAAUCGGGUCUGUAGAGUAUCCAAACUAGCUCGCCUUUAGAAGCAUGAUCAGGCUGUUAAGAUAUAUCGUAAAAAAAAAACUUCAAGGUGGAAGACAAAGUAGAAGAACAGAGGUAUGUACUUAUUCAACCCUUGAAAAUCUCAUUUUAGACUGUUUUUUUUGUUUUGGUUCUUUUUUUCGUCUCUUGUAGUAGUGGCACGCCACAUCCAUUAUUUUAAUAGAAGUUUUCAACCUCUUAAUACAUAAAGACUUUAGAGCUUUAAUCUCUUAAACGUUUUAAAACAAUUAUGAUCUUCAAAACAAAAGUCUCUGAGCAGAGUUUCAUCUUUCCCUUUCCUCCAUAACGAAGCAAAACGGACCAUUAUGAUCUUUCCGGAGUCAAGUCACCAGCGGAUAUCGUUCGCGGGCGAUCUCGGCCAAUCAGAUAAAGCACUUACAAUUGAACAACAACAACAGCCAUCAGGAGUGGUUAGAAGAGACACAACACUUUUAGAUUCAGAAUUCGAGUUCCACACUUCAAGAAGCUUUGAUUCCUCACCAGCUGAUGAGAUCUUCGCUGAUGGGAUGAUCCUUCCUUUCCAAGCAACAUCCUCCAUGCCAAAACGUCGUUACAAGUACGAGCUCCCUCCUAUCGUCUCCUCUAUUCCUCCUCCUCCUCCUCCUCCGCCGCCAUUGCCAUCACCGCAACAGUCGAGAAAAUACUGCCACAAGGAGACUCCCGUGGCAGAGACAUCAUCAAAGUCGUUUUGGAGCUUCAGUAGAAGCUCGAGCCUUAACUGCGAUAUAAAGAAGAGUCUUAUAUGUUCCUUUCCUCGUUUGACAAGAAGCAUUUCCACAGGAUCAGUGAUGAAUUCGAAGAGGGCAAUGCUUAGGGACGUUGACAAGCAUAGCUCGCUGAGACAUGGAGGAGCCCCACGUCCACAAACAGAUCCUUCAGCUUGUCCUCCCUCUUCCUGCUGCAGCUCGUAUCAGUCUGGAUUAGGAUCUAUCUUACGACUUUCGAAAGAUAAGAAGACCAAGAACACAAAGUAGGACUUCUCUCAUUGUUUUUAUUUUGUUUUUGUGUAACGCUUGAGAUUCUGCAACACCACUUAGUUACAUUUAUUAUCAUUAUCAGAGUUGUGAUUUACUUAUAAGGUAACUGAUAAGCAUGUUGGAACUAAUACAAAUCUUGAUUGAUCUGUUAUUUACUCUUUUUAUAUAUUUUAUCAUGUCACUGCUAUCUACCUCAGAUUUGGCAGCACCAGGUUUCGAAUCUAGUUAGCUAUAUCCUCCUUGGGAGCUGUUGGCUGCACUUAUUCUUGCCAACAAUCAAAUUACAGAUAGACAAAAGAUUGCCAUAUUAUCACAGGAGAGAGAUGAUCAAGAUUAGAAAAACAUAAUAGAAGAAGAAAACAGUAUACAGAGUUGCACUUCCUUAUCCUUAAAAGUUAAAAAUGAAUAUACUA